UACACAAAAAUUGGUUAAUCCGAUGCCAUCACAAGUCAUCGUUUGCCUUAUUAUCAUUGAUACCGAUCUGUUUCGCGGCGUUUGUGGUAAUGAUGUCGCGGAGAACGGUAUUAAACUAUGCCGACGGCCAACAUAUCAAUGAUAGUACAGUCAAUAUAACCGUUUCGGAACCCAUUUACUUGUCGGCCAAAAGUCUGUCACAAAACCAGUCGCUUCUGGAGUUGACUACAUCGCCAAAUAUAGGCAUUGCUUACUAUCCUAAUAAUUCGUACACUAAUAAACUGAUGGCAAGAGUGGAAAAGUAUUUGUCAAAAAUGUUUGUGUCAAACAUAUUUGGCGAAACAUAUGUUUUCUACUCGACUGGUGUCCGACGGGAAGAAGAGUUGACCACUAUUUUAACGGACACUAUAUUUGAGAAGACGACAGACUCGCCGACACAAUUUGCCCUCAACUUCGCCGCUUCCGACCAUUUCGGGCCAAACAAAGGGCCCAAACAUUUGGAUUAUACGAUAACUGUCUAUAAUAAGGAUAUUUAUAACUUUGAUGUGUAUCGAAGUGUGAAUGCAUUUUCCGAUUUCGACUUUUUAAGAGAGUAUCGAUUUGACAGUUAUGUGGAGCGAGGCUUCUGUCAGUUACAAUUGGCCGUCGAUUUGGCGCACAUCUCACUCCUCACCAACACUUCGGUCGAAGACAGGGUUGAGAUCUUUGAACAACUGAUGCCAAUCCCUUCACUCACCAAAUACCAAAAGGAUAGCUACUUCUGGUCGUCUGAACACUACUAUUUGAUUGCAUUCACCGUUUUAAUUGAAUUAUUAGUUAUGCUAUCAGUUGUGGUGAAACGCGUUGUGGAAGACAAGCAGACAAUGAUAACCGACUAUUUGUUUCAAUUGGGUGUCGGAAAGGCUGACCACUGGAUCAGUGUUGUGGCGGACGCCGUCUCGGUAUUGGUGCCACUAAUUUAUUUAUUUGCCAUCGAAGGCAGGGGUGCGCCAGUGUUGGCACACUUAGGACUGGAGACCCUGUCCUGUCUAUUGCCAAACAGUGCCUUAUUUUGGUUUUUCCACAUUUGUGUCGGACUCGAGAGGAAUUCCCAAUACGGUCCCAAAUGGAUCCAUAUAUUCAGCAGUGGCUAUAUUCUCGAUGAAAUGACUUUAAGCCAUACAAAAACAUAUAAUUCAAUGUUUGACUCCGAAAACCAAUCAAUUAUUCACAUUAAAAAUUUGUGCAAAAAAUAUAACACAAACUUUGGUUUUAAAAGUGAUUACAUUCUCAAAGACAUUGAUUUGGAUGUAAACGAAAAGUCAAUUACAGUAAUUCUGGGACCGAAUGGAUCAGGAAAAACAACCUUGGUCAAUAUAAUAACAGGAUUACUUGAAUUUGAAGGCCAGAUAACUAUUGGUGGACACGAUAUCUGCCGAGAGUCUAACUUAACCAGAAAUAUGACCGGAAUUUGUCCGCAAGAAAAUGUUUACUUCAAAUACUUAUCAAUUAGAGAGCAUUUAGUGCUGUUUUCAAGUCUCAAAGAAACGUUACGCCAGAGUAACAGUGGAUAUACCGGCGAACAUCUGAUCCGACUCUUGGAUAUGGAGUCAGAUCUGAACAAAGAGGCGAUGAAACUAUCGGGAGGAACAUUGAGACGUCUGGUUCUGGCCGUCGCUCUCAUUGGUCCCAACGAUAUACUGCUAUUGGAUGAGCCGACGGCCUCUUUGGACCCUAUAGUCCGCCGCAAAGUCUGGGAUCUGAUUAUUGAUUCGCGAAACACUAAAACAGUUUUGAUUACUUCCCACCACUUGGAAGAGGCGAACCUUCUCUCCGAUCAAAUCUGCAUUAUAUCGAAAGGCAGCGUCUGUUUCAACGGUUCCACGUUUGACAUGAAACGGGAGUUUAAUUCUGGAUAUCAUUUAAAGAUAGCAAAGAAUAUUGAGUUUCAAACAGAGAACCAAAUAACGAAAAUUAUUGAAAAGUUUGCAAAAGUAAACAAUUUGUCCAAAAAUUAUAUGAAAGACACCGAAGAACUUGUCUAUGAAUUAAACUUUGAAGACAGCCAUAGGUUUAGCGAAAUGUUUGACGAAUUGUAUGUAAAUGAAAAUGAAUUAGCGAUAAGUGAUAUAUCAUUGGGAAUGACAACACUCGAGGGCUCGUACGCCAAAAUUGUCUCUAAAGGUGACACUAAACUAUUGGAUCAACUGAUAAAUGAUAAUAAUAACAGACAACUAAAUGAUGACAAUAAUGAGGGGUUGAUUCACGAAUUGGACAAUUUCCAAACACAUCGACAACAUUCACAACUAAAACUAAUUUUGUGCCAAAUAUACGGAAUAUUCUUAAAACUUCUUCACAAAACACCCGUUCAUAUCAAAAGUGAACAAAUUUAUGGCAAAAAUAUGAAGGGAUUUGUCGCCUCAAAUGAGCCAACAUUUAUAGCCAGUUAUUCACAAGUGUUGAAAAGCGACGGAAUCGCAGAAAUUGAUGUGAAAAGUGAUACCGAUUGGGAUAUUCAACAAUCACUUCUGCAAUAUUCCGGUAACGGGAUUGGCAUCAGUUGUUCAAAGAUCUCAACCCUGUCUUCGACCGAAGUGUUGGUGAGGAGUGAGAUGUGCGCCAAAUCGACGGCCAAUUGUAAC